CACCUCUCCGUCGAACCCUAACCCCAACGACGACGAUUAAAUAAGACGUCAAACAAGGACCAAGAACAAGAAAGAGAAGAGGGCCAAGGCAAAGUAGGGCUUGGAUCCGAGAGAUGGACAAGAGGGAGGCGGCGUCGACGAGGCCGCCGAACCCGGCGCUGCCGUACCGCGAGGACUGCUGGAGCGAGGGGGAGACGUCGGCGCUCGUCGACGCCUGGGGCGACCGAUAUGUCGAGCUAAACCGUGGGAACCUCCGCCAGAAACAGUGGCAGGAGGUCGCCGACGCCGUCAACUCCCGCAGCGGCGCCGGCCGCCGCCCGCCGCGCACCGACGUACAGUGCAAGAACCGGAUCGACACCCUCAAGAAGAAGUACAAGGUAGAGAAGGCCCGGAUCGCCGGCGGCGGCGAGAGCCAGUGGCCCUUCUUCUCCCGCCUCGAGGCUCUCGUCGGAUCCGCUCCGCCCCCGGCCGCGAAGAAGCCCUCCGCCUCGCCGCCGCUCGCUCUGCCGCUCCCUUCCCACCGCAAGGGCUCCGCCUUGCCCGCGGCUCUCGCACUGCGCCCGGCGGAGCCGAGGGAGAAGCGUACGGCGGCUGCCACAUCGUCGUUCCCGGUGGACAACCCGUUCUUCAGGCGCGCGGCUGCGGCUGCUGCGGCGGCCGCGGAGGAUGACGAGGACGAGGACGAGGAUGAGGAUGAGGAGGAUGAGGGAUCGGCGUCUCUGUCAAGGUCAUCGUCGAGGUCUGGAAAGAAGCCGAAGCGGGGGAGGGAAGGAGAGGGCAACGGGAUCCGGGAACUGGCUAGGGCGAUUAUGAGUUUUGCGGAGAUCUAUGAGAGGGUGGAGGAGUCAAAGCAGAGACAGAUGAUGGAACUGGAGAAGCAGCGGAUGGAGUUUGCAAAGGCGCUGGAGUUCCAGAAAAUGCAGAUCAUCGUGGAUUUACAGGUGCAGCUUGCUAAGAUCAAGCGUGCCAAGCGAUCGGACACUGAUAGUUAUUCAUAGCUGAAUCGAUUGGAGAGAAGAUUUUGAUCGUGUUCGUGCAACUCCAUCACCAUUACACACUUGGAGGACACAGCAACCGAUCGUCAACAACGCUUGAUUGUUCAUCAGAAGCUAUAUGUUAUCGUCGGGUGACAUCUUAGUAUGGUG